GAUUAUAUCUAUGCUUAUAUCUGUGAAGCUAACAGCCGGAAAUGGCGGGUGUUACCUUUACGGGAAUUAAAUCAGCUUUUAAAGUGUUACAGGUGCUGCCGGCGUUGGGCCUCCAGCCUGUCAGACACAUCAACAAGCACUGGAACCCCAAGUUCAAGCGACUCCGUAAGCUCAAGGUGGUGAAGGUGGAGCUGCCAGACUUCGACGAGCUGCCGGAGGAGGACAUGACUCAGGAGCAGGUCCGCAGCAAGAUGAAGGAGAGGGGCAUCCAGCCGGUGCGUCCGUGGACGGAGCGCCCCGUCUACAUCAGCUCCACGGGGGGCGUGUUCGAGCCGUACGUGCCGCCUGAGGGGGAUGGCAAGAUGUCUCCCAUCACCACCUCUGGCGCGAAGCAGAAGUUUGAGUUGCUAGAGAAGAAGAGCAAGAGCAUGCUGGCAGUGCGCAAGAUACGCUCCUUCGACGAGGACUUUGAGACACGGGACUUUGUGGUGGCAGCGCACGACAUCUACGUGAAGGCACACGAGUUGCUCGCCAGCAAGGAGGAAGAUAAGCUGCAUGAGUUCGUGACGGAGCGAGCCUUCCCGGAGAUGUUGCACAACAUCAAGGACAAGACGAUCCACUGGAAGUUUGUGCAGUCACUGGAGCCCGCGCGGGUGGUGCACGCUCGCUGCACCGAUGUCGUCAGCAAGGAGAACGUCUUUGCGCAGCUGACGGUGCGCUUCCACACGCAGCAGGUGCUGGCAGUAUACGACAGGUUCGGCCGGCUGAUGCAGGGCAGUGAGCUGGUGGCGAAGGACGUGCUGGAGUAUGUGGUGUUCGAGAAGCAUCUGGCCAAUCAGUACGGUCUCUGGAGGAUACACGAAAAGAUCAUACCCGACUGGCUCCCUGCUGCACAGGCUUCACCACGGACAGUGUGUAUGUCCACCGGCUAGAUGCAGCCCGCACCAAGCUCGGUGAGAACAGUCGUGUGUAAGCAGAAUUGGGAGAAGUUUAAUGCACCUAUCAUUAGUGCUUGUUGUAAAUCUGAUAAACUUCCUACAAAGCAAAAUAAAAGCAAAAAUUUUGUAUUUAUAAA